AUGACAGAUAAUAAUAAUGCAGAUAUAAUAGCGACGGCACCGUCGUCAGCAACAUCAACUACAACAACAACAACAACUAAUAAUAAUAAUAAUAAUAAUAUUAAGAAUGUGGUACCACAAAAAGCAUUACAUCUAGAUGAUAUAAUUAUAAAGUGUUUAGAGGAGAUUGCGUUGAAUGGGUCGAGGGGAUUGACACCCGAGCAAAUGUUUGCAGUUGUGCAAGACACGUUUGGUCCAAUCAAUGUACAUCUCAAAAACUUUAUUCAUAAACGUAUCUUGGAUCACAGCUCUAUCCAUUUGAUCGAUGAUAGUACAUAUCGACAGAUGGCACCGUUGGUCAACAAACCAGACACCAAUCCAAUGUCACUACUUAAAAAGAUUGGAGAUCAAACUGGAGCCGGUGAAGAUGAUCUAAUCAUUCUAUCUUCACAAAGUACCACUGGCAACAACAAGACACCAUCAAAACCAACUCCCUCUACACCAAAAAAGAAACCGGCUGCCAAGAAAGCAGCGGCAAAGGGGAAAAAGACAAAAGAAGAAGAAGAAAAGGAGAAAGAGGAAGCUGCCAACAACAACAAUGAACGUGCACUUGUAACAACUAAUAGUAGUGAGGUGGCAUUACCAGACAAUUCAAUUGGUGUUGUUUAUCAAAUCGAUACUUUAGAGACACCAAAAAAGGCAACUGGAAUGGAUUGGAGAAAACAACAUCAAACAUCCACCGAAGCUAGUAUCGUGUCUAAACAAAAGUGUUUGGAUUGGAACAAUCCAAUUGUACCAUUCUCCUAUGUCGCCAACAAAGAUCUCAGACGAAAGGCUUGUGGUAUGGCUGUUGGUGAACCACCUCUAAACGAUCUCCAAACAAAGAUUCUAGAAGCUGUUGCCAACUCUAGAUACAAUGGUAUUCCUCAAAGUGAAUUAUCUGAUAUGUUUGGUAUUGAUUCUCGUAAUAUUUUCAAUCCAAUUAAAACUUUACAUGUUAAAGGUUAUAUAGUAAAAUGUGAAGUUUAUAAAAGUGGAUUAAAAGUUGUACAAACUAGAAUGAUUUAUUUGACAAGAUUCUUUAGUAAUAGAGUUCCAUUGGUUGACCCAUGGAAGAGUAAGACUGCUGCACACGAGAUGAUGACAGACUAUUUGUCAAAGUGUCCAGAUACCACAACAACCAACGCCGACUUAAAGAGCACAAUGAUAAAGUACACCAAAACACUUGGAACCUACAAAUUGGUCAAGAAAACAUUGAUUCAAGAAGGAUACAUUGAAUCGUUCAAGAGAAGAGUAGAUGCAAAUGGACAGGGUAUCAUGGGUACUGAAGUAUAUCCAAAUGAAACAACUACAACUGCAUCAUCUCUACCAAUUCUAUUACAACAGAGAAAAAAGGAAAAAGAAGAGCAUGCAAAAGAAGAAAAAGAGGAAAAAGAUGAAGAUGAUGAGGAUCAAGAUUCCCCUCCAACCAACACUAGUGGUAAAAAGACACCAAAGAAAAGAGAUAGAGUACCAAUUCCUAGAUUAGUGGAUUAUGUAAAGUUGAUCAAACUCUAUGAUCCAUUGGCAGCAGCUGGAGCAGAUGACAAUGAAGGUGACGAAGAUGAACAAGGUGGAGACAUGAAUGACCGCGACAUGAACGCACCAAAUGAAGCAUUCACAUGCAUCGAGACUGAAAAGUUACAACAAAUGUUUGAGUUUAUAAAGAAUGCACCUCGUUCACUUUUAACAAAGGAUAUUGCAGAGUGGAUGGGUCCAAAUUAUAGUCUCAAGCAUAUUUCAUCGGGUCUUCGUACUCUUGUAUGUUACUAUAAACUUAGAGUAUUCCCAUUCUUGCUUGGCAAGGUCAUGGCUUAUAAAUACUUUGUCAGCGAGGAUCAGUUGGAUGACCAAUACCUCACGGAACAUAUUACACCCGUUACACCUCCAACCAAAUCGAUCACCCCCAAAUCAGCAGCAACAACUAAAUCAACUACUACACCAACUAAAAAAGACAAGGAAACACCAGUCAAAGUUAAAAAAGAGUCAGUCAAGACACCAACGAAAACACCAACCAAACCAGAAACACCCAGUAGUGCAAGUAAAAAGAAAAACAAAAAACAAGAUAUUCUACCAACUAUCGCAUCUAUAGAUGUCGAGCAAGAUAAAAUGGAUGUGGAUAGUUCUACCACCAAUGUGGCUAAUGUUGAAGAUCUCGAUGAUGAUAAACCAACCACAACAUCUACAACUUCAACAACAUCAAGUACUACAACCAAUCAAGUUAAAAUGGCUAUUAAAAUUGAAGAGGAAAUGGAGCAAAAGGCAAAUAAGAAUAAUAAUAAUAAUAAUAAGAUUAAUCCAAUAGUUAGUAUUGUAUCAACACCAAGUAAAUCUAUGGCUAUUACAACGCCACCAGCAACUCCAUCUUCACAAAUAACAUUAUUUGGUCAAAUUCUAAAGAAUAUGAGUAGUCAUGGAAGCGUGAUCAGCUCAUCAAGCACACCUCACAGAAAGUUUGCAAGAUCAGUACAAUUUUUGGUCAGAAAGAAAAUGGUCUAUGAUCUAAUUGUCAAGGAAUUUGGAAUGAUUACCUACCAACUAUUGGAAUAUUUACAUGAUUCUGGUGAUCCUAGAGUCGAUCUAAAGACUCUAAACAAUGUACUUACAGACCUCAAAGGUGAAAAUCAAAUUAAUAUCAUUAGAAUGUAUUUCAACAAAAAUGCAAUCGACAAGACUCUCAUCUUUGCAUACGAUGCUAAAUAUUCUUUAGAUGAUCCUAUCAUUAAAAAAAGAAUUGGUCAAAUUAAAGAUAAUAAUAUUAAUAUGAAAACAGCAAAUGAUCAAAUGGAAAAAGAAACAAUUGAAAGAUAUACAGAUAUUCAAUUAUAUUAUAACAAAAAGGUGGCACUUCAAUAUGGUAUGAUUCAUGGUCAAUUUAUGAGAACUAAAGCAUACCAUAUUAUGUUGUUUAAAUAUUGUGCUUCAUUAUAUCAUGAUAGUCUUAAUAAUACCACUGUGGACAAUAAUAAUAAUAACAACAAUAAUAAUAAUAAUGUAGAUUUUGAAAAGAUUGUUUUACCAGAUGAUUAUUGUUUUUAUUUAAAUUCAUUUUUAAAAAGUUUAACAACAGGAGAUUAUUGUAAAGUAAUGCCACAAUAUAAAACUGUUGAAGGAUUGAUUGAAAAAAUCACACAAUCUGUCAAAGUUGUUGAUUUACCAAUUCAAAUGAGAUGUAAAAUAUUUACCAAAAACUUUAUGAAACGUUUUGUUGCCAGAAUCGAAGACUUGAUCAAACUAGGAGCUGCCAGAGCAACAUCAACCAUUUUCUUAAAUUCAAGAAGAAAAUUAAAUGAAUUUCAAUUAUUACAUGAAACAACAUUAAAUGGACAAGAAUACAUGUUGAAUUCAUUAAAAGGUAUUACUACAUUUUGGACGGCAUUGGAGAGAUUGGCAGUUGGACAAACUGACAAUCAAGAAUUGAUUGGAAAGUUUGGAAUCAAUGUUCAUUCUCCAUUAUUAUGGGGUCUUUCAUCCAAAGCUUCUCGUUUAGCUCGUCAACGUAUCAUUGCACAAUUUGUUUCUCUUGCUCGUCCAUUAACAAAUGAUGAAAAAAUUCAAUUAUCAAUAGAUGAAAAUAUUAGAGUUAGUUAUAUUGAUACAAUGUAUCAGAGAUUUUUAUACACAUUGAAUACCAAAUCUCAGAAACCAGGAGCCAAGCCGAGAAGACCAUCUGGUGUACCUCGCGUUCGUAACUUUAUGAAAAGGAAACCAAAACCCAGUAUCCAUCUUAUCAGACAACAGAGAUGGAGUCAUAUCGAUGAUAGACGUUUGUUGAAUUUUGUUAUCGAACUAUUUACACCAUUUUUCAAAUCUUUAAAGGAUUUUGACUAUACAGUGAUUUCAGCAAAUGGAGUUCCCCAAGUCGAAAACCCAUUAUGGAGUGAUGUUGCAGAGGAAUUUGAGAGACCUUACUCUAUUUGUCACAAACGUGUAAAUGUCUUACUCAAAAAAUAUCCAUCCUACAAACACAAAAUAUUUGAAAUACUUCCAUAUCAUCAAAAUACCUCAACUUAUGAUUUAGUUUUACCAGAUUCUAUUGAUAAAGUUAAAGAAAAAUAUGAUUUCAAGGAAACAAGAACUCGUAGAGAUGUAUGGGCCUUUUCAAAUUAUAAUUCUGGUGAAUUGGUUAGAUUACGUGAUAAAUGUGUGUUUGUUGUAUCAUUACCAGAAUCAGAAUUUGAAGCUCAAGUUGGUAAAGAGAUUUUAGGUGAUAAAGAUAUGUUUGAUGUCAUUGGCAUUUUAAAUUCCCUUUUAUUAGAUAGAUUGAUUAUUAGAUUAUCUAGAUCUAAUCAAUCUAGAAGAUAUAUUCUUCCAAAAAAUUUAUUUGCAAAACCAGUUGAUGGAGAUUUAUUCUUUGAUGAAUGUAAACAACUUUUAAAGGUAUACAAUAGAGAGAAUGAAACCUAUUUCACCUUUAAUCCAUAUAGUUCUGGUGGAACAGUUGCAGAGGCAAUCUAUCUCAUGGCCAAUUCCACACUUAUACCAUCUGUUUCUGUGCCAUCAAGCCUUAAACUUUCGAUAAGACCUCAUUCUCGUUCAUCAAUCAAUCACAAAGUAUUUGCAACUGGCAAAAUUGAUAAACAUAUUGAACCUGUUUCUAUUGGAUUUUAUAAAAGUUCAAUCAAUGAAUCUUAUAGUAAAAUUGAAAAGAGAAGAUUUGAUGAUGAAGAAUACAUUAAAGGGGAAAGUAGAUUUAUGGAAUUAAUCGACGAUGAUGAGGAAGAGGAAAAGAAUUAUUCAGUUGAACCAACUCCUGAAAUCGAUGAUUAUGAUGAAGAUGAAAUCUUUAAACCAAAGAAACAAAAAGUUGUAAAGUUGGACAAUGAAGAAGAAGAACAAGCAAAGAUGACACCAUUCAAACAAUUGGUAGAAGAACAAUGCAAGAGUUUUGAAUUUGAAGAGAUGAAAAGAAUCUUUUAUCUUGGUGCUAUGGUAUUGGAGGAGAAUGGUGGAUCGGAGGAAUUGGAAAGACGAGGACUGUUGAAACAAACUAAAGAGACUGAAUUGAUUUGGAAAAAGAUCAAAUCUGCAGGUCUCAAAGGUAUCGAUUUCAUAGAGUUGUGUAAAUACAUUAUCCAACAUCGUUUGUCACUCUUGCAAGAUGAUGGUCAAGAUCUUGAUGAUCAAGACAAAGACAAACGAGACCUAAUCGCUAAAGAUUAUUCAUGUGUUAUUGAUGUAAAGUCAUACAUUCAAACACUCAGAACACUCAAUUAUAUCCAACAACUCUAUGGAUCUUUGAGUAUUCUAUAUGUAGAUACACUUGAAGUGGCUGAUAUGAUGCUUCCACUCCCUCCUGUCACUGUGAUACCAGUACCAGUCACCAAUAAGGAACUCUACUCUAAAACCAUCAUGAGACCAUGGGUCAACCUCGAUGGAACCAUUGACACUGUCCAAUUCAACCUUUGUCUCCGUGACAUUGCCAUGUAUGUCAUGUCACAUCCAGGUAUACAACUUGCACAGCUUUCCUACCGUUUCAAGAUCCCACCUACUCUUUUAAGUUUGUUAAUGUCUAUUCUCUCGGACCAUGGCUACACCAAGACCGAGUGGUACAUUAGUUCCAAACCAUCACUCUUUUCCAAACAAACUCAACCAUCAUUCCAAGUGAUUCCACAACCUACAAACAUAUUGGAAGAUGACUAUGACCCCAACCUCUCUUUAAAUCAAUUUUACAAUCCACUCCCAAAUAUCAUUAAUUUAGAAUCUCAUUUAUCUUAUUUAAUUUCUUUAUAUAAUCUUUAA